ACUUCCAGAGCACAGGAAAGGAGCUGUAGUGGAAAGGAGAGUCAGGCCUCUGAACAUUGUGGCUUUCUACUUUUCAGCAAUUAAUCUUAAGAGGACUGCAUCCGUUCAUACCUUACCAUUUAUGGUAAUAGGAAUCUUCAUAAUAAGGAAAUAAGCUCAGAGUUCAGCCAGAGCAAAACAAACCCAGAGGAGUCCUGGAAAGGAAAGUUUUUAACUCUAGGUUUUGCUGUUUCAUCACUGGUGUGGAAAGGUUUUCACCUACCAGGAUCAGUCAAACAACAGAAACUAUGUCAUGAGCUAAAGACGCCGAAAGAGCAGCAUUCGCCAGUGACCAACGAGAAAUUUCAGAAUCCACAACACUAAAUCAUGUUGGGGAAAAAAUUGGUGACCUCACAGAAGCGAGGGGAGACCAGGGCAUUAUGCCUGGGACUAGGAAUGGUUGCAUGCUCAGUGAUGAUGUACUUUUUUAUUGGGAUCACAAUUAUGCCAUCCUACAUGAACAGCGUUUGGACCAAAGAAACUACAUGCAAACUGCUCAAAACCAACAUCAAGGACAAAGUCCAAUGCUCGUUCAACAAUGGUGCAGGUGACGAAAACAUUUUCCAGUAUCCUUGUCUAGAGGUAUUGGUUGAUUUGAACUUCUCAGGACAAGAGGUUAUGCUCUAUCAUAAUGAAGAAACACAGGAAAGAAAUCCCAAGUGCUCCUAUAUUCCACGAGACUUGAAGAACGACAAAGAAGUUAAAACGCUAAUAGAAACUGCCGCAGAAAAUUUCCGAAAGCAUCAGACUUUCCCUUGUUAUUACGACCCAGAACGAAGACAGACAAGUGUCAUUUUAAUAAGGCUAUAUCCUCCAAAGGGCCUUUUCUUUGCUUUCCUCUGGCCUUCCCUUAUGUUGACUGGUGGAGUUCUGAUUAUCAUCAUGGUGAAAGUCAGUCAAUAUGUUUCUGUACUUUCUGCUUGGCAAUACAAAACAAACAUAUAAUGGUCCACAAAAAAACAAGCUAAAGUUUCUUUUCCCCACACACUGCCUUCUCAGUCUGUAUUUUGUAAUUCUUAAAAUGUACCAUGUUCAGUGGUCAGAGUUCUCGAGAAGAGAUAUGUUGUCUGAGUUUAUAUACCAUGGAUUACCAUGAGUUAGAUAUCAAAUAAAACAGAUAUGUGGGAACCCAGGG